AUGGCUGGGCGAGGAGGACGCGUUGGCGGCAGGGCGCAUCUCCUGCGCCAAAGCGAAAGGCAAGGUAGGCCAGAGGUGGGCGGCACCCUCACAUCCUGCGGAUUUAGAAUUGCUUCUGGAAGUUUUCCGCGUCCCUUUCAGCCCGGAAGUUAUGAGAUCAGACACUGUGGCCCCGCCAAGUGGGUCAGUACCUGCGUGGAGUCGAUGGACUGGGAUUCCGCCGUCCAGGCUGGCUUUACAAAGCUGAACAGCUACAUUCAGGGCAAAAAUGAGAAAGGGAUGAAGAUAAAGAUGACAGCUCCGGUGACAAGCUACGUGGAGCCUGGCCCGGGGCCCUUCAGUGAGUCUUCCAUUACGGUUUCCCUGUAUGUCCCCUCGGAACAGCAAUCUGAUCCACCCAGGCCCUCAGAGUCAGAUGUCUUCAUUGAAGAGAGAGCCGAAAUGACCGUGUUUGUACGGUCUUUCGAUGGCUUUGCUAGCGCCCAAAAGAAUCAAGAACAGCUUUUGACAUUGGCAAGCAUUUUGAGGGAAGAUGGGAAAGUCUUCGAUGAAAAAGUUUUCUACACUGCAAGCUACAACAGUCCGUUCAAGUUGCUUGACAAAAAUAAUGAAGUGUGGUUGAUUCAGAAAAACAAGCCCUCUGAAGGGAACCAAUGAGACCAGGAAAGGCGGCGUGCCACUAGGGCAAACCCUCUUCCCUGUUCACCUCAGCACCGCCUCCAGAGAAAGCCAGUGUGUAGCCGGUCCUGCUCUCGGGGCCCCGCCAAGAAGUGCUUUCAUUUCGCAUUUGCCUUUUUAAGUGCUCGAAACUUCCCUUAGAUACACAGAUCUCAGGGACAGAGGUGCAACCGUGUCCAUCUCUGGAUGCCUCUCUCUCUCUCUCUCUCUCUCUCUCUCUCUC